CGCUAUUAGAGGCAAUUUGGGCUUCGGAUGUUGGAUGACAUUCUAUUACUCGAUCGUAAUAAGGCCACGACCUUCCACUACUUUCAAUGAUCAGCCAUCUCCGCGGCACCGGACUUCUAAAGUCGAGAGCGAAUUAACGAUCUGGGCCAGCUACUGGUGCAACAUUCUUGAAGUGCUGAGAGUUCAUCGUUAUAGGUUCUUGUCAGGUUGCAGGCUGAGAUUUUACUUCGCCGCAUGGAAUGUUCGAGGCAAUCAGGAGCAAGCACCGAAAGUUCCGGUGGAGAAGAAAGGCGUCAGCGAUACACCUAUACGCAGUGUGGAUUACUCGAUGGAAACUAUUCCUAUCGAGUCACAGAAACUGCGACACGCCACGACACUUCUCACAAUAAAGCUAGUCGACAUAUAUUCGGCAAGGCAUCGCCUCUUGUGUCGACCCGGCCUGGGCCUUGCACUCGGACCACCACUUCAACAGGUGUACUUCUCACUCUCAACCAACAGGAAUGUCCUCGAACCACCAAUCUGUAUCGACGUUCCUGGGUUACCAAAUCGGGAUAUCGAGAGACAGAUAAGGGCUGCUGUACCCCAGAUUUUUGUGCGCAGAUGGCUUGCCAACUGUGUGACACCACACCACCUUAUCUUGCUUAUCUCUCCUGCACCUCUCCCACUCUCACCCAGGGCAAUAUCCAACAGCCGACUGCUUCCGAGGAUCUGGCUCUUCACUCCCUGCCACUAG